GUGGAUUGGGCCGCGCUGAAAGCCGACCUCAAGGAGCUCGUGAGCACCUGCGGGUGUGCUCCGAUUUUGGUGCGGCUGUCUUGGCAUGACUCUGGUACCUACCAGGCCUCUGACGGAUCGGGUGGCUCUCGAGGAGCGCAAAGGUUCCCUGAUGGCGAAUCGCAACACGCCGCGAAUGCCGGCCUCGAUGUCGCCAGAGGGAUUCUCCAGCCGUACAAGGAAAGGCACCCGCAGGUUGGGUAUGCGGACCUCUGGGCCUUGGCGGCGGUCACUGCAAUCGAGUGGGCGGGCGGGCCAGUAAUCCCGUACCGCGCUGGGCGGACGGACAUUCGCACGGCGGCCUCGUGCGUUGCAGAAGGCCGCCUCCCAGACGGCGACAGGGGCGCCAAGCAUAUCCGAACAAUCUUCUACCGAAUGGGCUUCACCGACCCCGAGAUUGUCGCUCUGAGUGGAGCUCACACCCUAGGCAAGUGCCGCGCCGACCGAUCGGGCUUCGAAGGACCUUGGACCGAGACACCGCUUCGCUUCGACACGCGGUACUUCGAGCUGCUCCUCGAGUGCGAGUGGGAGCCGUCUGAGGCGAGCACCGGGCUGCCGCAGAUGGCCUGCCCUUCCGAGCCCGAGCUGAUGAUGCUCAACACGGAUGUGGCCUUGAUCACCGACCCUACAUUCCGACAGACGACCGAGCUCUACGCAAAGGACGCGGCGCGUUUCCAUGCCGACUUCUCGACGGCCUUCGUGAAGCUGCAGGAGCACGGGCAUCCCUCCUUGGUGGAUGUGGGCGUGUGA